GGGGUGGAUGCGAACGAAACGAUACACUAUAAUAUUAUCCUUCCCGUGUAGUAGGCAGAUAGGCGCAGACGAAGAAGCUGCGAAAAGCAAAACCCCCAACGGAUCAUUAUCAAUGCAAAUUGAACGGCAAAAGAGAGAUGUAUAACAGAACAACACACCCGUCGCCCAUUGCUUGGUGGUGGUGGUGGAGGUGGACGCGAAUAACCUCCGUUAAGCUGCGGCAUCUCCAUCUUGCAGACGAAUGCUACAACACAACACCCCCUCAUCCCGUGCGCUGUUCGACGAUCGAUGCACGAUCGCGCGCCGGCCCCGAACGGGCUGCGAUGCGCGAACAGGCGAACGACGCGAGAACACCCGCGUCCACAUUUAAGCAUGCGCUAGUGUGGCCGGGAUUUUUAUUCGCGCUUCAGCUCGCCGCAGUGCACGUAGUGCGUACACGGGUUUCGCUACGGUUUAACCCCGCGGAAAGUUCCUGCUCGUGAGCAAAGGGUUUCUGCUUGUUCAUUACACUAUUGGUGGUGGUGCCUUCGCUUGGAUAUUGUAGCAACCAUUCAGUGGAUAUAUUCAGCAGUACUUAAGGGUGUACGACCGUUUGAUCGUUUUAAAUUGCGUCCAAGAAACGAUGGCUCGAUUUGCGCCACACCUAGUGCUAUCGGUCGUGCUGAUGGAGCUGUGCCGUGGUUCCUUCGCUGCGUCGCUCAGUGGUGGCUUACCGAACGCGGCAGUGUCUCCGUGUCCUGCCAUCUUCCAGUACGCAAGCGACAGCAUUAAGCAGCAGAUUUACGGUAUCAUAGACACGCGUGAGCAACCGGUGGAUAAGGUGGGCACGUUGGAACUGCAUCUUUCCAUUGCGGGCGAACUUCACUCGAAAUACGUCGGUUCGAUUGAAGCAAUCGAAGACAGUGCGCAAAUUUUGCAACAGUUCGGCAAAGGCCGCGGCGUGACGUACCGCGUUAAUUUCCCCAUCCAAGAGCCACUGCCCAAGGUCACGAAGGUGAUCUUCAACGAUCGUGAGCUCUGCACGGGACCGGCCGAUCGUGGCUCGUUCGUUAGUGCGGUGACCCUACGACACUUCCUGCGGUCGGACUCGUGCAAGGAUAAGUGCGACCGUACCAAGCUGGUGGUCCCGACGUCCCUGAACCUGAAGCUGACUCCACCGGCUCCAGCACCGGCGGCCGGGACAGCGAUCGCGCCCCUUCCAGUGGCUGGACUGCCGAAGGUGGUGGUGCCAAAGGGUGAAGGUGGUCCCGUUUCUUCCUCCUCCACCCCGCAGCUGACCGGAGAUGCGCCGGCCGUCCAGCACGAGUACCAGCGCACGAUCGAGCGCAAGGAGGAAACGAACAACCCGCAGGACAACAGCACCUCGGUGAAGUACAUCCGGGAGGAGAUCACGUACCGCAAGCAGGUCAUCUCGCCCGGCGGUGCAACGGCGGCACUGCAGGCCGACGAACUGCGGCUACCAGCGUUUGUGAGCGAUAAACUGACGUAAUUUCCGUUCCACCUGCGUGCGGAACAGAUGAAGCAAGCAUCGGCGAUCGGUUGCUCUAUUCCGACCAGAUCCAUUUCUGGUUCACGGCUUAAUAUCGUUUCAAAUGUAAAGCUUGUUUUUCUUUUUUGUUUAGUAGACCACAGAAUAAAGACACCGCGCGACGACACGCGGUACACAACACAAAACUUGCGAGAUAUCUGU